AUGACUGGAGCCAUCUGUGAGCAGUGUGGAGGUCAGAUUAAUGGAGGGGACAUGGCUGUGUUCGCAUCAAGGGCGGGCCAUGGCGUGUGCUGGCAUCCCCAGUGCUUUGUGUGCACCAUAUGUAACGAGCUACUGGUCGACCUUAUUUACUUCUACCAGGAUGGGAAAAUUUACUGCGGCAGACACCACGCCGAGUGUUUAAAGCCGCGAUGUGCAGCCUGUGAUGAGAUAAUUUUUGCAGAUGAAUGUACAGAAGCAGAGGGCAGACACUGGCAUAUGAAACACUUUUGUUGCUUUGAAUGUGAAACAAUUCUUGGAGGCCAAAGAUACAUAAUGAAGGAAGGACGUCCAUACUGCUGCAAUUGCUUUGAAUCUCUCUAUGCGGAGUACUGUGACACCUGUGCACAACACAUAGGUAUUGACCAAGGACAGAUGACCUAUGAUGGGCAACACUGGCAUGCUACAGAAACUUGCUUUUGUUGUGCCCACUGUAAAAAAUCACUACUUGGGCGCCCCUUUUUGCCCAAGCAAGGCCAGAUAUUCUGCUCAAGAGCAUGCAGUUUGGGUGAGGACCCCAAUGGCUCAGACUCUUCAGAUUCAGCAUUUCAAAAUGCCAGGGCAAAGGAGUCGCGUCGUAGCGCUAAGAUAGGCAAGAAUAAAGCUAAACUCGAAGACAACAACAUGAACCAACUACAUGUAACUACCAAUAGACUUUCCACAGACGUCGACCCUCUCUCUUUACAGAUGGAUUUACUGAGCGUAUCAAGCCAAAACCCAAGCUUGAACCGUGAUCAGAGAUGGAGGAGCAGAGAUGAACUCUAUAAUUAUGGCAACAAGCUAGAGAGGAGUCAAUCCCAGAGUCCUCUGCAGCUUCUCAGCCAGUGCAACAUAAGGACUUCCUACAGUCCUGGACAGGGAGCCGGCGCCCAGCCAGACAUGUGGGCAAAGCAUUUUAGUAACCAAAAAAGAAGUUUGUCGAUGAUGAGUCACAGCGAGAGCUUCAAUCAAGAUGGCAGAGAGGAUUACUAUCAAGGGAGACUACGCCAGCAGGAAAGCUUUAGCGAUACUUCCACUCACAGUUUUAAUGAAGCACGAUCAAGUCUACGAGUUCCAGAAAACAAAAAUCUGAAUUCACAGCAGUGUCGAACAAGGCAUCCAAUCAAUGCACUCAAAUUCACUGAGGGGUUAACCCCAACAGAACAAACUCCCAGAGGUUCUAUGGAGUCACUUGCAUUGUCGAAUGCUACAGGUACGACUUCAGCAUUGGGGUUUUCCAUUUUUACUUUCCUUAAAUGUAUAAUUUAUAAAUGUAUAAUUUUGUGCAAGCAAUUUGUUUUUUUUUCAUAA